UAAGAACACAUUUCGCGCGUUUUGGAAGUCAUUUUAUGUGCCCAUAGAAGGGAGAACACAAGCAUGCCCCCCAAAACGCCUGGUGCAAGCAAGGGCUCCAAGAAAGCUAUAUCCAAAUCAACUAAACCACCGGGAGAUAAGAAGAGAAAAAGACGAAGAAAGGAAAGCUACGGAAUCUACAUUUACAAAGUUUUAAGGCAAGUUCACCCUGACACGGGAAUCUCAAGUAAAGCCAUGUCUAUUAUGAACAGUUUCGUUAACGACGUGUUCGAAAGGAUUGCUUCCGAGGCCUCCAGAUUGGCAAGUUACAACAAGCGUUCUACUAUCAGCAGUCGAGAAAUUCAGACCGCAGUGCGUUUGUUACUCCCUGGAGAAUUGGCCAAACACGCCGUCAGCGAGGGGACCAAAGCUGUGACGAAGUACACAAGUGCGACAAAGUGAGCAAAUUCGAACGGUGAUACCAACCCACACUGAAAUGUAAAUAACAUUCAUUCAUGAUGACAGUUCUAUUACAUUGUAUUUCACUGACUUGUUUGUACGUAGUUUUUGAACACAAACUGUCAUAGACAUUUAUGAAUCGUUUGAUUUGUUGAGUUAUUGAAAAAGACAAAUUAAAUUGUAAUUAGUGCAA